AUGAAUACCCUGUGUUCAAUCAUCGUGUCAGGUCUCCUUUUUUAUGUUCCACUUUUCAUCGCGAAGAAGCUCAAGCUCUUCUCAAAGUCACCUCUCGAUGUCAUACCAGGGCCUCCGGCCAAAUCGUGGCUUAAAGGACAUCUCGGGCUCAUGUACAGACGCGACGCCGAACCGUGGCGUGAGUCACUCUACGAGAGAUAUGGCUCAGUUGUCAGAUUCCUGGGUCUAUUCGGCGAACCUCGACUCUUCAUUUUUGACCCAGUUGCCCUUCAUACGGUUUUGAUAAAAGAGCACCACAUCUUCGAGGAGCCUGAUACCCAUCUCUUGUCCAACGAUCUCAUGUUCGGCCCGGGUCUCGUCUCCGUUGCGGGCGAUCAACACAAGCGUCAGAGGAAGAUCCUGAACCCGGCCUUCUCCCCCGCUCAUCUCCGCUCCACUCUCCCAAUCAUGUACAGCGUCACGUACCGGUUCCGGGAUGCGAUGUUGGCGCGCAUCAAAGGCGACCAUUGGACGGAGAUCGAUAUGCUGGGGUGGCUGGGUCGCACGGCGCUCGAGCUCGUGGGCCAGGCCGGGCUCGGCCGCUCGCUCGAUUCCCUAGAAGGAGACCACGCCAGUGCCUACGGAGAGGCAGUAAAGGGCCUCAUUCCUGCUCUGAGCCAUUUCGCACUCUGGCGACGCCUUCUUCCUGUGCUCAUCAAACUCGGCCCCGCAGCCUUCCGCCGUUGGAUUGUCGACCACAUACCUUCAAAGCACGCACAAAAGCUCCGCGAUGUCAUCCACGUACUAAACACCCAGGCUCGACAACUAGUCGCAGAGAAGAUGGAUGUGCUGCGCGGUGACCAACCAGUCGACUCAUUUGAUGACAUCGGUGACGGGAAGGACAUCAUGAGCCGCCUCGUUUCGGCGAACAUGGGAGCCUCUGCGGGAGAGGCUCUCACUGAGGAAGAAAUCGUCGGGCAGAUCUCAACACUGGUGUUCGCUGCGACAGACACUACCUCGAGUGCGCUUUCUCGUAUCUUGUACUUGCUUGCGCGAAACCCGGACGUCCAGACCAAACUCCGCGCUGAGAUCGUGGAAGCCCGCCGCGAUGGUAAAGACCUCAACUUCGACGACCUCUUCGAGCUCCCGUACCUCGAAGCCGUCUGCCGGGAGACCCUCCGACUUUACGCUCCCGUUUCGUCCAUAUCCAAAGUCGCCCGCGAAGACACCGUCCUCCCUCUGCGCGCGCCCAUCGUAACGCGCGAUCAUCGGGAGCUCCACAGCGUGCCCGUGCCCAAGGGCACGACCGUCGUCGUCGGCAUCGCCGCGCUCAACCGCGACAAGACGCUCUGGGGCCCCGACGCGCUCGAGUGGAAGCCGGAGCGCUGGCUCGCCCCGCUGCCCGACUCCAUCGUCGGCGCGCGGGUCCCCGGAGUAUACUCCAAUAUGUUGACGUUCCUCGGGGGCGGACGCGCGUGCAUCGGCUUCAAGUUCUCCCAGUGCGAAAUGAAGGUCGUUCUCUCCAUUCUCCUCGAGUCUUUUGCCUUUGAGUUGCCCGACGUCCCGAUUACCUGGAACUCGGCCAGCGUGCACUACCCCUCCGUUGGCGAGAGCACAAAGGCGGAGAUGCCGAUGAAGGUCAAGCGGCUGUGA